AUGCCUCAGAACGUGCGGAAGUCGUUUAUGAAGAACUGGUUUGCCGUCGAGGCAACACCCAUUUUUGCUGUUAUGGGAUUGGCGGUGUUGGGUGGGGCAUGGUACCUCUCACGGCUGGCUCGAGGCCCGACGGUCGUAUGGACGAAGGAGAACCCGACUCCUUGGAACGACAUCAAGCCGAAUGAGGGCACCAAGAUGCUCACAGUCAACCAGCACUUUGAGAAGGGUUGGGAAAGGAAGAAGCUUUGA